UCAAACGAUGCAAAGCAACACAAGCCGACCGAAGCAAACAUAGCUAUAGCUAGCACACACCACUAGCUAAUUAAGCUCGCUCGAUCACUUCAUCAGUUAGCAAUGGCUAUCACCAAGGUCGCUCCCCUCCUCGCCCUCAGCCUCCUCCUCUUCGCCGUCGCCGCCGUGCACGGCUGCGAGCCCUACUGCGGCCACGGUGGCCCGGUCAUCCCGACGCCGCCGGUGGUGGUGCCGACGCCGCCGUCGUACCACCGCCAUGGCCGCUGCCCGAUCGACGCCCUGAAGCUGAGGGUGUGCACCAACGUGCUCAACGGGCUCGUCGGCGUCAAGAUCGGAGCCGGCCCCGACGACUGCUGCCCGCUGCUCUCCGGGCUCGCCGACCUCGACGCCGCCGUCUGCCUCUGCACCGCCGUCAAGGCCAACGUGCUCGGCAUGAAACUCAACCUCGCCGUCGAUCUAAGCCUCAUCCUCAACAAGUGCGGCAAGAUCUGCCCCUCCGACUUCACCUGCUAAUUGAGCUCAAACCGUGCGUGCAGCAUGUUGGAUAUCAUGAUUCAUGAGUUUGAUCUUUCAUCCCGAUUCCCGACGCAGCGUUAAACAUUAAUCUUGAAAUAAUUCUCUUGUUUACUCGAUUCGCCAUUUGCAGCUCGUUCUAUAUUAUAAUGUAAAAUUCUUGAAUCACUUGGUUGUUGUAUAUUGUAACGCCCAUUAUAUAUAGUAGUAUUUUUUGUUCUCACAAAGAUAA